AUGUCGGUUCUGAUGGACCGAAUGAAAAUUCAAAUUGUUUAUUCCCCUUUUCAGUUUGCAGUACAGAAAGAGUUCGAUGGAGGACAAUAUCAUGGCUCCAAAGUGAAGAAGGGAGGCGGGUUAAACUACAUAGCUUAUGCGGUCGGAAGGAUGACUUCCCUUUGGGGAGAGGAUGCAGAGACAUUUCGACCUGAAAGGUGGCUCAACGAGAAUGGAGAUUUCCGACCCGAGAGCCCUUACAAAUUCACCGCAUUUCAUUUAACUGCUGGCCCGAGGAUUUGCUUAGGCAAGGAGUUGGCAUACAUGCAAAUGAAGAUAUUGGCUGCUCUACUGCUGAACUUCUUCGAGUUCAGGCUCAUGGACGAGACAAAAGAGGCCGAGUAUCGAACCAUGUUCACCCUUCACAUGGACCAGGGCCUUCACUUGUAUGCACUUGCUAGGUCCUAA